CUCUUUCUCCUCCCUCGUGCGGCCCCAUUCCCCACCCUUACUCCGCAUCUCGCUCGAGCUACUGCGCCCCUCCCGUGGUCGCGAGAUUCAGGUUUUGUCAUGGGGGAUUCCUACACUGUCCAGUUAAGCACGGAGUUGAUCAACCAACUAGCAGGCGAUGGGCCUAAGCCAAAAAGGAAAGUCAAGAAACCCAAGCCGAAGACCAGGAAUGAACGUGAGCCGCCCCAAAUUAAGAAAAACCAAAUCCCAACUGCACAGCCGAACAGCUCCACAGGGAGCAUUUGGUCACCACGGCAGCCUCCUCCUCCUCCUCCCAUGUACUUACCAAUAACCCCUCCUCCUCACCCGCCCCCAUCUUCAAUACCAGAGGUGGAAGCUAUCCGCGCAGUGUGUAGAGAGAGUGAGAAGGUCGUCGAGAAGCUGGAGAGGAAGGAGAGCGACAUGCUUCAAGAGCUCAAUCAAAGGGCGAAGGAGCUUCGAGAUAAGGAGUUCAAGCUGCCCUAUCAGAAUCCCAUGCUGUGUACAGCCGAGAGAGAGGAUUGCCUCCGCUGCUACAAGGAGAACCCAAAUGAGCCGCUCAAGUGUUCACAUGCGGUGAAAAAAUUCGCUGAUUGUGCCCGCCAGGCAAGACAGAACAGGAAUGUGGCGGCAAGUUAAUCAAUAGGAUCUGAGAUGGGAAUUGAAGCUUACACCGUUAACUUUGUUUGAUUGAGAAUUUAUCAAAUAACUAGAGUUUUGAUGAACCUCGCCAUCAUUUUGCGGAUGUAGUUAGGCUCUUGUAUGAUUUGGUUGUUUUCACAGAUUCACUAUUUGAGGGUCCCACUGUGUGGGACUAAACACGAUUGUUUCAGAUGCAUAUCAUGUUUUUUUUUUUUUUUGGGUCCCUGUUAAAUGCGUAUAUUCAAAUCAAAGCUUAUGAAUGGCAAUGUUUGUUUUACUUCA